GUGUCGUGAUAUUAACAGUAAGUUAGUGUAAAGCAAUCGUGAGCAGGAGAAUUGAUUUGAACACAUCCGUCGAUCUAUUCUUCGGAACAGUGUGAGGAAAAACUAACACGUCCUUUCAGCGAGAAGACCACAGCGGACAUCAUACCAAUCGAUCACUGGCUGAGAUGUUCGGAGAGUUUUAUUUCGGAGCGUUUGAGCUGAACUCGGUGCAGAUCUCUCAGAGGUUCUCCACUGACGGCACGGGAUACUAUUCCUCUGUGGGACACGUCACGUUCUCAUGAUGGGACGGUUACACACUCACAUACUGAAAGACUUAUAAAUGGCUCGAAAUUAUUGAUUGAGAAUCAUUUAUUGUUGUCAUGCAUUGUAAAUAUGAAUAAGAGCAUUUCAAUGGAGAAAAAAAAUGGAGUGCAGAAUGAUGUCAUCAAUAUUUUUGGGCCUUUUCCCAGUGUUUUUAUUCAUCAAAGUAUCAUGGAAAAAAAAUGUAUCACAGUCAGCACAAUGUCUUCAUCAGAGCCAGAGAGUCUCCUGAGAGGAUGAAGAGAGAGAGAGACGCGUUCACAGUCGACACGCUCUCACAGAGAUGCUCAUUUAUGGAUGCCGAUGUGAAACCAGUUUCUUUAGGAGAUGUUUUCAUGAAAAGACUGUGUUUCUCAAAGGCUCAGCAGUAAUUGUCAGAAGAAGACCAGCACCCUGUCCUGAUGUCAACCAGCACCAGAGCGAUGCAGUGUCAGCGAUUCUCACCAUCUCCAGGUUUGCAGAAGUGGAGGACGACUACAUCCGUACGCUGGAAAGUCCACAGGGUUCUGAUGAAAGUCUGGAUACCACGAAGGAUCCGUGUCAGAAGGUGAAAUGCAGCCGUCAUAAGGUGUGUGUGGCUCAGGGCUACCAGAGAGCCAUGUGUGUCAACCGCAAGAAACUGGAGCACAGAAUCAGACAGUCUGGACUGAAGCCUCACACUAACAGCUGUAAACCCUGUUCAGUGACGCCUUCAACGCCUGUGUGCGGAUCAGACGGACACAACUACGCGUCACAGUGUAAGCUGGAGCAGCAGGCGUGUUUGGCAGGGAAGGAUCUGUCCGUUCUGUGUUCUGGUUUAUGUCCUUGUGUCACUGCUGGAGUCCCUAAAGCAGAACCCAAGAUCAAGACGAAUCCAGAGACGUCAGCCGAACCCAAACCAGAGAUGUGCACCGGUCAGGAUUUGGCAGAUUUGGGCGACAGACUCAGAGACUGGUUUCAGCUUUUACACGGAAAUGCUAAACAAAACAACUCUGGAAGACAAGGUCAAGCAGCAGCGUCAGUGUUUGACCGGGGUCUCGUGGCCGGCUGUAAGGACUCCAUCGGCUGGAUGUUCUCCAAGCUGGACACCAGUAAUGACCUGUUCCUGGAUCAGUCAGAGCUGGCUGCCAUAAACCUGGAGAAGUAUGAAGUGUGCAUCAGGCCGUUCUUCAACUCCUGCGACUCCUACCGAGACGGAAAGGUUUCGACGGCUGAAUGGUGCCUGUGCUUCUGGAGAGAGAAACCUCCGUGUUUGGCUGAAAUCGAGCGGAUUCAGAUACAGGAGGCGUCUAAGAGGAAACCAGGCAUGUACAUCCCCAGCUGUGAUGAGGACGGCUACUACAGGAAGCUGCAGUGCGACCGCAGCCGAGACGAGUGCUGGUGCGUCGACCCUCACGGAUCGGAGGCCACCGGGUCACGUAUCCAUGGAAACCCAGACUGCGACGAGCUGCUCAGCUCUGGAGAUUUCAGCAGCGGCGUCGGAUGGGAGGACGAGGAGGAGAAAGACACAGAUGAGAACGCAGAGGAGGAGGAGGAGGAGGAAGAGGAGGCAGGAGAGAGUGAUGAUGGUGGAUACAUCUGGUAAAACACCUGCAUCAUGUGAUCAGAUGAAACACGUGCCGUCCAGCGCACUGACAAACCACCUUUUAUACGCUUCCUAAAAUAUUUGCCCAACAUUUAUGUUUGUAUUUUAGUGUCACUGAUUUCCUGACUAGUGAUUGUCAUUGAUUUAAAGAGGUCAUGUUAUGCCCUUAUACAAAGUCUUGAUGUUGUUUUUGGCUUUACUAGAACAGCUUUGAUUAUGCUUGAAUGUUGAUUAUUUUCCUCAUAUUCUCCAUUGUUGCAAAAAGCAUAAUAAGACCUCUUUAACUCUGACACACAGAUCAUUCGUCCUCAUUGAGAUGCAAGAAAGACUCAAACUCUAACGAAAGAACCUUGAAGUUUAUGUUGACGUCUACAGAUGCAUCUUCAUUAACAGGGUAUUAAUUUAUUUGACGUGAUUUAUGCAAAAGAACUUGAAACCUCUGGAGAUCAAGUUCAACACUCACUGUACAGAAGUUCAUCUGUGUGUUUGUGAAUGUAGCCUGUAAAGAACACGUGUGACGGGCGUCAGCAGCUCCGACGCACUGGAAAGAAGAUACCGACACUUCUGCAGAUGUGUGCGCUCAUUCGAUGAGUUUAAGACUCAGACUAUGGAAGCUUGUUUCCGCCACUAUUCUGACUUUUCUUCUUGCAAUUGCGAGUUUGAAUCUUAUAAAUGAGUUAUAAAGUCAGAAUUGUGAGAUUUAAAGUCGGAAUUGCGAGAUAUAAAGUUGG